ACAACACUAUACUGAGCCGAGUCUACAAAAGCAAGUAACCAAGUUAGUUGCUGAGGAUUUCAACUCUGUAUCUCUGUGUCUUCUCUCGAUCUCAUUACUGAUAACAAGUGCAAUCAUUUGCGUGUGUCUUUUCAUGGUAACUUUCUAGCAUCGGUGUGGCGGAAGUCAUGCAUUGCACAGUUCUCGUGUCCCUUCUGCUAAGCAUCGCUUGCGCUCACUGCCUAGAGCCUGAUUCGAUCACUCCCGUCGAACCACAGCGGGAUGAGAGGAUACCCAGAGAUCAUGAUUUGGAAGCGGCCGGCCGUCUGCGAGUUCGGCGAUUCUCGGAGGUCAUGGCGGAGGAGCCGGAAUUCGUUGGAGGCGAGGCGUACGGGCCGAGCGCCGUGCACGAGGUAGAGCCGCCCACUGAGUUCUCGUCGGAUGCCUACUGGCCAGGUACAGAGUCUUCAUUCAUUCCUGCAGGGGGGCACGAACAAGUUCCAGGUGAUCCCGAGGCUGGAAUGCCCGGAGGCGUUGCGGAUCAGGCAUACUCGGAUCUUAGACAACUCGUCUCCCCAAUCCUGGGCCGAUUGCCACCAUCGUCCGUUCGGAUCGUGCAAAACCCAUCCCAGUGUCCGACGGGGGAGAUCGUCAAUGUUCAGACGCCCUACGGAGCUGCCGUGUUGGUUUGCAUCACCAAUGUGGUAGAUGUUGACGAACUGGUGAGCGUGAAAGACAGUGGAGAUAUAGCGGAGCAGGAUUCCGCGGAGCCGACGACAACACCGCCAUACUUGGUUGAAGUCACACCAGUUGGUCGGGGAGUUCCACCCGGACAGCGACUCAAGCUGAGUACAGGUGGACAACGCAUGCCAACUCCCCGUACUCCGGCAGACCAGGCGCGCCAGCUAGACUUUACGUCUACGACACCAGGUACAGAGUCUUCAUUCAUUCCUGCAGGGGAGCACGAACAAGUUCCAGGUGAUCCCGAGGCUGGAAUGCCGGGAGGCGUUGCGGAUCAGACAUACUCGGAUCUUAGACAACUCGUCUCCCCAAUCCUGGGCCGAUUGCCACCAUCGUCCGUUCGGAUCGUGCAAAACCCAUCCCAGUGUCCGACGGGGGAGAUCGUCAAUGUUCAGACGCCCUACGGAGCUGCCGUGUUGGUUUGCAUCACCAAUGUGGUAGAUGUUGACGAACUGGUGAGCGUGGAAGACAGUGGAGAUAUAGCGGAGCAGGAUUCCGCGGAGCCGAGGACAACACCGCCAUACUUGGUUGAAGUCACACCAGUUGGUCGGAGAGUUCCACCCGGACAGCGACUCAAGCUGAGUACAGGUGAACAACGCAUGCCAACUUCCCGUACUCCGGCAGACCAGACGCGCCAGCUAGACUUUGCGUCUACGACACGUCCACGUGCGCCCAUCGUGCAGGAAACUAACCCGCCUGAGACCGCUCCAGCUCCAUCCCCAACACCGCCAGCCCCGACUGCUGCUCAGACUACUACACCGACCACUCCGCCUACAACCACACCUACUACUCCGCCAACAACCACACCGACCACUAAACCAACAACUCAACCAACAACCACGCCGACCACUCCGCCAACAACCACACCGACCACUCCACCAACAACCACACCGACCACUAAACCAACUACUCAACCAACAACCACGCCGACCACUCCGCCAACAACCACACCUACCACUCCACCAACAACCACACCUACCACUCCACCAACAACCACGCCGACCACUCCACCAACAACCACACCAACCACUGCGCCCACAACAGCACCGACCACUAAAUCCACAACUGCACCCACCACCCUGCCACCGCCUGCAGAGUCCACCCCACGCACGGAUCCACCACCUCUACCACCCACCACUGAGCAAGGAACUGCAGGAGGACUACCAGUUGUCACAGCCACAGACAUACCUCCUAUAGUCACUCUACAAAACUGGCCAAAGAGUUCAGGUGGUUCGCGGCAAGUGGACGUGGUGGCCACGGGAAUCGCCAAGACCUGUGGCUGGGAGGUGUUGCUACGUAUGAUUGUGGUGAACGGCUGUCAGUUCCCGUGCUGGGCUACGGAUCAGACGGUACAGUUCUGGUCCGGACAGCUGCGACUUCUGAUCCUGCAGGCUCUCUCGAAGCAGACAGGACAAUGCUGGCCAAGGCCGGCCUACUGUCUGGCAGUGAAGACCUUCCUGGACACAUGGUGUGCCAAGACACGCCUUAAGGGUCAACUUGCCUUCCGUACUCGGCGAAGCGUUCCUCGACAGUAUGACCUGGACUCCGUGAUAGCAGACGCAAUCGGCGAGGAUGUCAUGUCAGCAGACAAAAUAGACCGCGCCCAGCUGGUGGCAGAGGUACAAGAAACCAUGCUAGAACUGCAAGACACCAUGCACGCCUUCCCCGAGUCACGUGACACGCGUCACAUGACCAGCAAGCGCUACAUGUAUGCCAGCGGCGCCCGGUCCAGCAGCAGGAGGAGGAGGAGUGCUCGAUCGUCAGCGCCCUUCAUCCUAACCGCCCAGCAGCACUUAUCCGUGUGGAAUAUACUCCAGGCAAACUGCUGCACCAGCACGAGGGGCUGUUCAUCGCUGUGGCUGAGACAAAAUACCUGCGUCUUCCAGAAACCUCGGGGAAAAUAGCACUCCUGGCGUUUAACUUGAUGUUUCGAAUAUUUUGCCCGUAAAAGAGGCUGACAUGUACAGUGCUGGCACCUGAAA